AUGAGCGCAUUGGACCUCGAACAAUUGGCUAUGGACACAAACCCAGAAGGUGCCUGCCGCAGGCCAACACCUGAAGAUUGGGCCAAGAUGAAGAAUUAUAUUCAUGAGAUCUACAUCAAGAACAAUAGAUCAAGGAAAGUAUUGAUGCAAAUGAUGAAAAGAAAGGGGUUCGACGCAACACCCAAAAUGUAUACCGAUCAGUUCAAAAGAUGGGGUGCAGAAUUCAACAAGAACCAGAACUCAGAUGAACACGACCCAGACGUCGAGUUGACCAAGUUGUACCAAGAGCUCAUUUUCCUCACCUACGACCUCGCUUAUCCAUGGACACUCAAUUGUCUGACGGAUAUACCAGUUUAUGUAUAUGGUCUAUUUGACAGUUUCAAUCUCUCUGCAAACAUGUUCGACGUCAUUGUCCCUGUAGGUACCACGGAUUAUUCAUCAGUCUGGCAACAGAUAGGUGCUGAGAUAUUCGGCUUCAUAACACUUCUGGAAAGCAACAAAACUGACGAAGCAUGGAUAACAUACAACAUUGUUGGCGAGAGGCUGAAAAGUAUUGUUGGUGUCGAGAAUGACUAUGGGAUGAUCAUCAAGCUCUGGCCCAUAUGUACCAGGCUUCUCAACGCAGCCGUGAUUUACAGAGAUGAUUCGAUCUUGUUCAGAUUCCUUCACUUCCUACGUCGACUGGUAAUUCAACGUUACAACAAAGGCGGCCGAGACCAUCCCAUUCCCAAGCUGCUCACAUGCUUGUGUCAGAUUCCAAUCGGCGAAUUUUCCAAAGCCAUACAGAUGGGCUACUUGAAGACGAUUCAUUGCCUUGAGAAUCGACUGUCGUUUGAUAACCCUCUUGUACAGUCAACAUGGUCCAACUACAUGAACAAGUGCGAUCGUCAAGCGUUGCCUGUCGAUGUUCUCACCUCGCGCUAUUCAACUGUUUUGCAAGCGGCUAGACAGUCAUUCACACCGACGGGAACAAGGACAAUUGAGAUUCUCCACGAUUAUAUUUAUACUGCAUACUACAAUGCUGAGGAUUAUCAGUUGACGUGGAAUCUUGCUUGGGAGACUGUCAGACUAGCUGGGUCUCCAGAACUCAUGAGGGAGCACCCCAUUUGGUGCAAGGCGAUGCAAAGUUAUGCCUUAGCGGUAAAGUUGAUGUACAUGAUUUCUCGCGAUAUGGGUCCAAGAAAUCUAGCGGUUACAGAACUUGAAUUGGCCAUUAAGAGGUUGGAAGGAGGAGACAGAGAAUGUGGCACGAGAGCGCAUAUGUUGAAGGGCAUACUUAACAGAAGCGAGAGAAUUGCCGAUUAG